GGUGGGGGAGAAGUUAUGCGCAGCCUCGCUGUCACCAGCCUUCCACCUUUUUUUCCUCCUUUUCCCUGGAGGAGGGAGAAUCAAGAGUCGCCAGGCCAUCACCACCACCACGGCCACGACGGAUCGCCGAUUUCAUCAAAAGUCGGCUGCUUGAUUGAGAUUCUCUUCUCUGGCGGCGUGGCUUGCUGUGCUGUGUGAAAGCCUCCCCGAUCCCCAUGGCCUAUCGCCGGAAGCAGGGCGCCGCCGACGAUCACCGGAGCUCCUAUCCUCAGGAAUCUGCUUCGUCAUACAGUUACACAUCGUUCAAAACCAUAAACGAGCCCAAGCUUGGAUUGUGGCAAACUUUGGCAAGCAAAGCCAAGGGAAUUCUCGACGAGGACGCCUUGGCGCAUAAGUUUGAGGACUUCAGGAAAGAACGGCCCCGCAGCAACUCCGGUUCAUCCAGUGGAGAUCAGGCCCCUCAGUCUCGCUGGUCAUUUGAAAACCACUGGAAGACAGGAGAGGCUGCAGCUCGAAUCAGGCCGGAGGCUCUUUCUGCUUCUGUCAACCAGCUUGGUGGAAGAAUAAAAAAUGCCUUGGAAGAGGGACUCACAAUUGUGGAUAAUAAGACAUCCAGUAUCAUUGAGGAAACAAAGAAAAUUCAAAUUAGAAGGAAGCCUACCAGUUCCAGUUCUUAUGUGUCGAAUUCAGCAGUACAUACAGUCAGCACUCCUAAUCUCUCAUUGGAUCAAGCUAAAUCUGCAGCUGAGGAGACUCAAUUGAAAGCUUCCCGCGACGUUGCUAAUGCAAUGGCUGCUAAAGCAAAACUUCUACUCCGUGAACUGAAAUCCGUUAAAGCUGAUCUAGCUUUUGCAAAGCAGAGAUGUGCCCAGCUAGAAGAAGAGAACAAGCUGUUGCGAGAAACAAAGCAGAAAGGGAGCAAAACUGAAGAGGACGAUGACUUGAUUCGUGUGCAACUGGAGACCUUACUGGCCGAGAAAUCAAGGCUGGCACAGGAAAACUCGACGUAUGCCCGUGAAAAUCGCUUCCUGCGUGAGAUAGUAGAUUUCCAUCAGUUCAGCACCACGCAGGAUGUUGUCUCCUUGGAUGAUGGUGACAUGGAAGACGAUGUUCCAGAAGAGGACAGCAACCUCAUUUGCACUGAGUACGCGUUACCUAUGGUUGAAGAAAAUUCAGGAGGUGAAGAACUGUCCCCUGUGCCCUCGAGGCCUGAAUCUCCAAUGGACGGCCCAGAGGAGCCAUCAUCCCCCAUAUCAAGCAACUUUCAGAAUGCCUCAAAACCAGAUGCAUCAACAUCUGACACAGCUUGACGCAUGUGAAUUAUAUUAUCAUCUUGUUUGGGAUUUCAAAGUGGUUUUGGUGGUGCUCUUGUGUGCAUAAAAUUUUGUCCAUUCUUUGUCCACAUUGGUUUGUUGUAGUUACAGAUCUCUGCUCGUGUAUAAAGUGUAUAGUUUGUUUGGUUUCCUUAAGGAGGGGUUUUAGUGAAAAGCAGACUCGUGUGAUUAUGGGGAAAUCGGUAGUGUGUAUGGUUUGGCUCGUGUGUACAGUGUAUCGAUUAUUGGUUAAUCUGACUGUAGCUGUGAUGCCUUCAUUACGUCUAUAUGGGUGUACAUCA